ACUCAGCAUCGUAGCCUCUGCAGAACCCUUGCUAGCCCCGUGACUCAGUUUCUCCAUUUGCUCACGUGGGCCAACAGCGUGAGGCACCCGUGUGGAAUGCGGAGGGGGCCUCCAAUAGCUUCUCCAGAGUUCAUGCUCCCAGGCGGAGCCCAGAGACAGGCAUUUACACCGCCCAGAGCGCUCCUUCUGGCGGUGCCCUGCACUGGCCCUGGUGAGUUCGUGCUGCCUAGGGUGGCAGUGACUCGGCCAGGUGCACCCGCAGGACUGCGGAGGAGACUACUCGCCUGUACCGCCCGCCGCGGUUCAUGAAGGGCUCAGGCCAUGGAGAGGGCUGUCGAGGAGACUGCCGGUGCCCGCGUCCGUGCCCACUGCCUGCCGCCUGACGCAAUCCGAGGCGCCCUUGCUGCAUGCAGCCAGUGCUAGGGUAACCUCCCCCGCCGUUGCAUCACUCCUGACAGGUUUGCUACAGAGGUGGAGCCGAACCAAUCAGCGGGCGCGCCGGGGCGGGGGCAGACGGCUCAGUUACCCAUUUAGAGGGCGGCGCGGUUAACCGGGCAGCAAAACCCGAAGGUAAUUGGCCAAAAGGGGAUUUGCCCCGCCCCAAUCACCGCGGCAGCUGGCCGCGGUGGGCGGAGGCCUGCCAGCCGGAGGGUUUAUAAAGGGCCUUGGAUGGGGCCGCGCAGCUGGAGCGACCAAGCGGUGCCAGGCCAGGUGUGCGCGUCCGUCGGUCCUUCCGUGCCCACGCCGGAGACCUGCCCCGGAGGCCGCUCGGGUCCGUCCCUGUGCCCGGCACCAUGAAGCAGGAGUCCACAGCUCAGAACAGCCAGCCCGCCUUGCCGCCCGCGCAGUUCCCCCGGGUCGACGUCGACCCCCAAGCGCUGUGGAUUUUCGGGUACGGCUCCCUGGUGUGGAGGCCCGACUUCGCCUACAGCGACAGCCGUGUGGGCUUCGUUCGCGGCUAUAGCCGCCGGUUCUGGCAGGGAGACACCUUCCAUCGGGGCAGUGACAAGAUGCCUGGGCGUGUGGUGACCCUUCUUGAAGAUCAUGAGGGCUGCACUUGGGGCGUGGCAUACCAGGUGCAAGGUGAGCAGGUGAGCGAGGCCUUGAAGUACCUGAACGUGCGAGAGGCAGUGCUCGGUGGCUAUGAUACCAAGGAGGUCACCUUCUACCCACAAGAUACCCCUGACCAACCACUCAAGGCAUUGGCCUAUGUGGCCACCCCACAGAACCCUGGUUACCUGGGCCCUGCACCUGAGGAGGCCAUCGCUACGCAGAUCCUGGCCUGCAGUGGCUUUUCCGGCCACAACCUUGAAUACUUGCUGCGCCUGGCGGACUUCAUGCAGCUGUGUGGGCCCCAGGCACAGGACGAGCACCUGACAGCCAUUGUAGAUGCUGUGGGCACCAUGCUGCCCUGCUUCUGCCCCACCAAGCAGGCUUUGGCACUGGUCUGAGGGGCUGAGCCCCUGAAGGAAGUGCCUACAUGGGCAUGGGGACCAGGUCUCCACUCCUGUGCACAUAGACUUGAUACAGCUGGAGGACUCAGUGGACAGUGGGGGCUCCUUUCUCUAAGCCCCUACCUGUCUGUCAGCUUUCAGCUCUCUCCUGCCUAACACUGACUUACUACUUGAAACUUUAUUACACCAUGUUGGUGUGAUGGGCAGGGUGGGGGGCCUGCCCUGGACAUAGGGGCCCUGCUGAGCAGUGCCCCACUCCAGGCACAUGGUGCCUGACCAGAUUCCCCUCAGUGCUGCUGCUAAGCCCACACUACCCAAGCCUCCACCUCUCCAGGAAGCCUCUAAGAGCCUUGACCCUCUGCCCCCACCCCAACCAUUCCUUAGCCCCAGAAAUACCACUUUUGAAGGGUCUCAGCCCACUGUUGGGGGACAGGAGGAAGUGAGGAGAGGGGGCCCUAUAGGAACUGAGGCCCCUGUCAGCCCUGUUUAUCCCCCCAGGUCCCCAGGGCAAAUCUGGAUCUGGAGUCCAGAUAUAGCUGCUGAGGCUGGUCCUGGGCCUCUGGCCCAUUUGGCUUUGUUUCCCUGUCCUGUGUGUCUGGGACAAUCCUGUCUGUCUAUUCCUGGGAAGUUUAUCACUAUAGGUCCCAGCACCAUCCCUGUCUAUUCCAUAAUAUUAUCCAUAAACUGAACUCUUAUUAGCUGCGCUGUGCAGGAAUGUGGUUCUUUCUUCAAAUGAGGGGUGGGAUGAGUGAGGUGGUGAAGCCCUGGAAGCCUCAUGAGAGGGGAAAGGGUUCCCUCUUCAUCUCCAUCCCUCCCUCAGGGAGCAGGCAGCUCAGCAGGCAGGCCUGCCAGGUUACACCACUCCCAUAGACACCCUUCAUGUCUUAGUGCACACAAAGAACACCCUGAGUCAUGCAGAAUGCAGCCCAUGCAUCUGUACUUGGCAGCCCUGUGAGCAGUGUCCUUGCCACUGACUUGGUACCCUGUGUCUCCUCCCAGCUUCUCUGAGGAGGUUUGCAGACUUGGAGCUCAGACCAGAUCUUCUUCCAGUUACAGGGCAAGCUGCUGCCUCUUCCUGACAGGCUAGAUCUCUGGCUUCAUGCUAGAAGAACAUGUGGAUGAGGAUAGGGUAGUGACAAUUUCUGGGAGAGUGCUGGCACAGAGACCUGUGUUCUGGAAGACCUGGUAACCCUUUGACUUCUGAGUUCCAGGUGUUCACUGUUGCCUCCUGGGGUGAGAGCUGUGCCUUCUCACUUAUCCUGAACUGCCAGGACUCCCACAAUGGAAUAAAUUACUGGGGUGCCCUCUGGAAUACUGCUUGUUCACCCCCUGCCUGCCCUCAGCUACUUCCCCACCCUGGCCCCUGGGUGCAAAUCUCUGCUGCCAGGAUCUCAUCCUGACCCUGGGCUCUGCAACUGGGAAUGGCCCCUCAGUGGGCUCAGCCUCUGUUCCCGAAGCUGCAGAAUGGGUGUGGGGCCCAGAUGAUAGGCUUCAGCAGCAGAAGAGCCUGGCUCCAACCCAACCCCUUCCCUCACUGGCCCAGUGACCUUCAGGAAAGUAUUCAGCCCUCUGAGUGUUAUUUUACACUGGAACACUGUGUGGUAUGUGUUGCUGCUCCUCUUGUUGUGGCUGGUGUCCUGUAUUGAUCUGGCUGUCCCUGGCAGGAACAGCUCUGACCAAGUUGAGCAGUGUUGUGCCUGAGGAGUUUGCCCAUGUGUUGGCAGCCUUGUGCCUUGGCCAUUGAUGAGAAAAGUGUGGAGUCCAGCCAGCCUCUUCUGGGAGCUCAGUCAGGACAACAGAACAGGAGGAGGCAGUGUGUGGCAGGGAGCCCUGGGUGGCCGCCUCCUGGGCAUCUGGUGCUGGGGCAGGACCAGGAGGCCAGUCUGGGUGCUUGGAGCAGAGCCCUGCUGUAUACCAAAUGGGGAUGGGGAGGGCUGCUUGCUAGUUGCACAUGGGUUCAAAUUCUUCAAGCUAUUCAUUCAGCAAGUAUAUACUAAGCUGCUGUAGGCAAGGCACUGAUCUAGGCACUGGGGAUAUAGCAGUGAAGAAAAUCAUCCUCCUCAAGAAACUCAGAGCCUAAAAACUCUAAAUGGUGACUAUUCAGUAUGAAAUAUGCUGUGAUGGGAGGAGAACAAGGCGCUCAGCUUAGAAAGGGCUCCUGGCCUGGGAGGGGUGGUCAGGAAGGUUUUCUGGGGAGGGAAUGAUGAGGCUGACCCCUGAGCCUGAGAAGGGGUCUUCAGUGAACAGAGGCAGAGAAUAGAAUGUGCUAGAGAGGGAAAACAGGGUCAGAUUGGCUGGCACAGAGUGGUGAGGGGGAGGGGCUGGGCAGGUGGCAGGACUGCAAGCCACAUUCUGCUGGCUGGCCUGGUGAGCUGUGCUGUGGAGGCAGCAUUCUUCCUGGGUCAGUGGGGACCUCCUGUGGAUUCUAGGCAGGGAAGAGACUGCUUAAGAAUGAACACUGGCUUCUGUGUCACAUUGGAAGAAGAAGGUCAAAGGGAGGCCAGGGAGAGGUGUAGGUGGCCUGAGCUGAGCUGUGUCAGUGGGCAUGGACAGGAGGGUAGGUUUGAGAGCAGCUUAGGAGGUGAGGUCAGCAGGAUUUGGUGUAGCUGGUGAUGAGGAGAGUGAGGGAGAAGGGAGAGGGCCAGGAUUCAGAGUUGGGAAGUUUGGGGGUGAUCUGCCCCAUGUUAGAGUGUUUGAGUUGGGGGUACCUGUAGAGGGCAGCAGCAUCUACAUAGAUGUUCAGGAGGCAGAUGGAUAUGUGGGUCUAAUACUCAGGAGAGAAAUCUGGGCUGGAGUUAGAGAUUUGGAGCUAUACACAUUGAGACGGUGCUUGAUGCUCUGUGGAGUGGAGAGUGGAGAGAAUAAAGGGUCUGGCCCAGCCCUGAGGUCCCCAUCCUUGGUGACCUGAGUGAAGCAAGAAUAGUAGAGAACAAGAUGCUCUGAGGUGGAGGAGAACGAGGAGGCCAGGAUCAUGCUGCCGAGAUGUCAAGGACAAUAAAGAUAGAGGUGUCCACUGGAUGAAAUGCCGGGGGUCCUUGGUGGCCUCGGUGAGAGCAAUUUCAGGAACAGUGGCGGGAAA